AUGCCGGAACCAGCGAAAUCCGCUCCCGCGGCCAAGAAGGGCUCCAAGAAGGCAGUCACCAAGACCCAGAAGAAGGGCGACAAGAAGCGCAAGAAGAGCCGCAAGGAGAGUUACUCCAUCUACGUCUACAAGGUGCUCAAGCAGGUCCACCCGGACACGGGCAUCUCCUCCAAGGCCAUGAGCAUCAUGAACUCCUUCGUCAACGACAUCUUCGAGCGCAUCGCGGCCGAGGCUUCCCGCCUGGCGCACUACAACAAGCGCUCCACCAUCACCUCCCGGGAGAUCCAGACCGCCGUCCGACUCCUGCUGCCCGGAGAGCUGGCCAAGCACGCCGUCUCCGAGGGCACCAAGGCCGUCACCAAGUACACCAGCUCGAAGUAAUUUUGACUCUCUCCCAAAUACUUACU